GUCGAUGAGCUUCUUCGAGUCGAUUGCGCGGUCGCUGGGUGCGUGGAUGGAGCCGCGCGCCAAGCCGCCGCCACCAGCUGCGUCAUUUUGCAGCAGCGAGGUCCACGCGCCCGAGAGCGCGCUCAAAAAAUACAAAAUCGACGCGUCCGGCGUCUACGCAGCAGUCUACGGCACCCCGUCCGGUCCCUCGAUGCGACGCCAGGUGCACCCUACGAUAAGCAGCCCAUGCGACGCCGUCGACGACGACCUCGUCGCUCGCUUCCAGCGCCAUGUGCGGGUCUCGCGCCAGCCCGAGUGGGCAGCCGGCCACCGCAUCCUCUCGACAGCCAAGGCGCGUCACGCAGCGAGUCUCGCCGAGUACACGCGGCACCUCGCCGAGCUCGACGGCCACGACCCGUCCCAGCGCAGUGGCGUGCGCGCGAGAGCGUGGCAGUGCAUUGCGCAAGCCAACGCCAAGCUUGUGAAGCUACAGGAACUCGUGCGCGACUUGAGCCGCCUUGGCCCGCGCGAGGCCGAGAAGCUCAAGUGCCACGACCGCCUCGAGAAGCUUGUCGACGACCUCGUGCGCACCGGCAACGAAGCGGUGGUGCUGCUGGUGCGCGAACUCCAGGCGCUGCACGCGCCCAUGACGAGUCUCAAGGGCGCGACCCUUCAUAUCUUUUCGUUUCUCUCAGCGCGUGACGUGGCAAGCGCACGGCUCGUUUCGCGUACGUGGCACGACGCCGUGGCUUCCAAGCGUCUCCUGACUGCCUCGCUUCGGACACCCCUCGAUCGUUGGCGCUUUUGGACGCACUGCAUUCGUCGGCGCCCGGGGUACGCGCCUCGCUGCUAUGACUACGGACAGCUCGUUGCGAUCGCAGCGGCCGACAUGGCGAAUCCCCACCACCGCGCGAUCGACGCCGAUGUGCGCCGCACGACCUUUCGCAACGGGAUCUAUGACCCUGCAACAAGCUGUAACGUAGAUGAAGCGGCCGCGCAGGCCAUGCUUAGCCGUCUUCUCCGCGCGUACGCGGCGCUGGACCCCGAGAUUGGGUACUGCCACGGCAUGACGUUCCUGGGCAGUGCGCUUCUGAGCUGCCUCGCGUACGACGAGGCAUCGGCCUUCGAGAUCUUUGCAGCGCUCUUGUUGCAUUAUACCUUUCGGGACGUCUUUCGCUGCCCCGACCUGCCGGGCGCCAAGCUGCGCAUGUACCAGCUCGAUUGCCUCGUGCGGGUGCACCUUCCGCACGUGGGCUCCGCGCUCCUCAAGCACAAAGUGCAUCCGCAAAUGUACGCGUCCGGCUGGAUCCUCGCGCUCUUUGUACACGAAGUGAGCCUCACGAGCCGCAGUAUGGUUGUGAUUUUGGAUGGCUUUCUGCAGCAUGGCUGGGGCGCCAUGCUGCGCCUCUACGUGGGCUUGCUCAGCGUGCACGCCGACCAAAUCCUUGCGCCCAAGCCGCUCCAGGCCCUCGCCAAGCUCCCAAAAACGCUCAACCAGUCGCUCCACGCGGCGCUCGAAGCCGGCGACCACGACACGCUGAUGCUUGCGACGUCCGAGCCGGCGCUCGCACUGCUUGCCGCGCAGUACGACCCCGCCACGUCGCUCAUGGACUUCUUCUAACCAUUAGCAAACAUGCACCUUUCGUUGGAGC